GCUUUAAAAGAGAGAGAGAAUCCUUGGCUUUGCUGAGAAGUGAAUCUAAGCAAUUAGCCAAAUGUAUUCCUUGUUAAAGCGCCGGUUGGGCUAUAUCAUUUGUUUUUGCAAGGCAGCGGCGUUUGCUUCAGUCUUGGUGUUCGGCUACAAGCUUGUAGACUAUGCUGUACUGGAAUACUUAACAACGUACUUCACAAACUCAAGCAAUUAUAAUCUCAAGAAAGCUGCAGCAUUUGUGAAUAUUCAGGAGGGACUGUCAGCUUCCUUUGCUUUCAUCAACAUUUGGUAUGCCUUUCGGAGUCCCCUCACAGUCAUUAUUCGUUCAGCGGUCUCCUGCAUUUGUGGAUUGGUGGCUCUGUUCUUGACGACCUUAGCUCAAUUUAGAGAAAAGACUGACAUGUUCAACAUAAUUGGAGUGGUUCUGUUAGCAGCGGGUGAAGCUGGAUUGAAGACUUUCUUGAAGGCAUUUCUUGGUGAUCAGCUGAGAGCCCAUGAACCGAAACCAUCCGAAAAUGAGAAUCCAUCCGUAAAUGAGAAUCCAUCCGAAAAUGAGAAUCCAUCCGUAAAUAAGAAUCGAGUAAAAGCUAGAAGGACCACGUGGUGGAUUGUUGCCUGGAUUUGUAGUGUAAUAGCCGCAUACUAUGUAAACGACACCCCAUGGCCAAAAACUCUCAUUAUUUCAGCAUCAAUUAUGGGGGUCACUCUGAUCUUGUUCUUAUUGGGUAUCUGUUUUUAUCAUUCCAAAGAAUCAGCUGACCGCGGCACUGUGAGAGGAGUAAAGGAGAUAAAACGUGUUUUUAAAAUGGUUCCCCUGUGGAUCAACUUCGUUGUUUUGGGUUUGUUAGUGUCAACAGCGAAUACCUUUUUUCCUGAGCAGGGAUACAACAUGAAUAAUUCAAAAUUCUAUAUUGUUGUGCUCAUAAUUCCAUCCGUUUUGCAAAAAAUCAAGGGCUUUCUGUCGAUUUUAUUUGUUCCAAACUGGGAUAAAAAAACUAAGAAUCAAGUUAACAAAUGGAAAAUUGGGGCUGGAAUGAUGCUCUCUAUCUUCUGCUUUGCUGUUGCCUGGCGGGUUGAAGUUCACCGGUUGAAUAUAGUCAACAAAGAAGGAGGGAAUUCCGAUGAAAAUAUUCCGAUGAGCGUCUUCUGGCUAGCUCCCCAGUUCUUCCUUUUAGGCCUUAUGCUGGUGCUUGCUACUGAUGGAUUGGAUAAAAUUGUGAUUGACCAGUUCAAGGAAAGCCCGGAGUAUGCAACAACGAUCAAUGAGUUUGUCAUAGGAAUUGGAAGCUUCCUUAACAUAUUAUAUGUCCAUGUAAAUGGAAGCCUUUUCUCUGAAACUUUGAACGAGAGUCAACUGGACAAGCACUAUCAGACAUGUACAGUGGUUAGUUUCAUCAAUUUUUGCAGCUAUAUAUUCAUUUCAGCUAUCUAUACGAGCAAUGAGGGGUAGAUGAGAUCUUGCAAACAUCUGAUGAUUUAAUCAAAACUUUGUUAGCUAAUUAUGUUUUAUUCAUUUUUGGUUGAUCAGUCUGUUCAAUAUUUGUCCUUGUAACUUAGAUUCGCUUUUAACUUUUUUU